UCCUCACUCCUCGUCCUCGGUGCUCUACUGCGUCUCUUCGUCUUCUUUCCUACCCACUCUCUAUGUCUGUUUAUUCAUCAUCAAGCUUCUUCACUUUUCCAAUGUCAUUUCUCUGAAAAUUCGAUAAAUUCAUCAUUAAUGGAGAAUUUACACCCUCACGCGACCUCCAUUUCUCCUCUUUCAGAACAAUGGAGGAGUUUGCAGAGCUCCUUCUCCUUGAUUAAAACAUCAAUGGCGGACCGAGUCAAAGUAAUCGAGUCAAAGGAGAGAGAAAUCCUUCAAGCUGCUAAAACUCUCGAAAAUUCCCUAAAAGAGGUCGAAUUGCUGGAGAAUUCCAUCAACCAGAGGCUGAAAGAGGUGCAGAUUAGAGAAGAGCAAUUGAGUGAAAAAAUCGACGCUUUUGAAGUUAAAGUGACGAAAAUUGAUGAAAUUAGUAAGGAAUUGGAUGUGAAACGUUGCGAAAUGGAGGAAAUGAAAGCGACGAUAAUGGAGGAGAAAAAGGUGAUGGAGGGAGAAAUUGAAGAGCGUCGAAAAGUGGUGGAGGAGAGAGAAAAUGAGAUGGAUGAACGAUGUCGAGUGUUGGAUUGCAGAGAGAAAGUAUUGAAUAAACGAAGCCAAGAUUUGGUGAUGAAAUUCAAGGAAUUUGAUGAGCGACGGAAAGUUCUGGAGAUGGAGGAGAGAGAAUUGAGGGAGGGUUUACUGGAAUUGAAGGCUAAGCAAAGCAAAGAGCUUACAACUUAUCAAGCAAAAACCAGAGAACUUCAGCCAGUGGCGUGCAGUGAGAUUCAAUUGUUGUGCAGAAAUAUGAACACAAAUGGCAUGAUAUCUUACCUAAUUAAGCACUACAAGGACAUACAUAUGAUGCUUAGCAAGAUUUCUGAUUCUCUUCAGUUGGCACCAGAUCCUGCAAAGCUUGUUCUUAAUGUGAUUCAAAGUUUUUACGAGCUGGUUAAGUCAGAAAAUAUGACUAGACAAGUUUACCUUGCUAGUUGCAUAGCUUUGUCAGGAGCGUUGAUGAAACUAAACACUAGUAUCACGCUACAUAUUAAAGAUGAUGCGAUGAAGUUCAGUAUCAUGUGGAGAGAUUUUAGCGCUAAGCAGAGUUAUACCCAGUCUCAGCUUAUGGAGAUUUUUGCCUUCCUGCAGUUCUUAGCUUCAUACAAGUUAGCACAGUCUUAUGAUGAAGAUGAACUUUUUUCACUUCUCGGGAACUUCUAUACUGAGAGUGAGGUUCGUUGGCCCGAGAAAGACUCGUAUUUGUGCCGGAUAUUGGGAUUGAAGAAGAAAAUUCCAGGUAUGUUGAAUCUCUACCUCUGUCCUCAAUCUGAAAAUUAA